UUCAGUAGUAAGUAACCUAACCUGUCAAAGAAGUUGAAUUUGAUUUCUUAACCUCGUAAAAAUUUAAAAACAAACUUGUAUUUUUUAAAUAAUGGAGACCGUACGUCCAUGUGGUUGUAAAGGAAUACGUAGUUGCUUGAUUUGCGAAGAACAAUUUAAUAUAAAAAAAUUGGAUUUAAAAGAAAAAUUACAAGAAAAAUCCUCUUAUGUUUAUUGUCCGCACUGUGAUAAGGCAUGGCCUGGAUGGGAUAUAGAAUUGUACAAGCAACAUCCUCAUCACGAAGGACAAGCGAUAAAUUAUCCAGGCGUUUUUAUUCAAUUGGAUUUUUUAAAUACAGAAGAGACAUCGACUUUAAUGAAGUUGUUAGAUGAGUUACCGUGGGAGCCAUCGCAAAGUGGUAGAAGAAAACAAAAUUUUGGUCCAAAAUGUAAUUUUAAGAAACGAAAAUUACGUUUAGGUACAUUCAAUGGAUUUCCUAAGAUUACAGAAUUUGUACAAAAGAAAUUCAACGAAGUUCUAAUUCUAAAUAAUUUUCAAACGGUAGAACAAUGUACUCUUGAAUACAAUCCAAAACGAGGAGCUUCUAUCGAUCCUCAUAUAGAUGAUUGUUGGAUAUGGGGAGAGCGUAUAGUCACGGUUAAUGUCUUAGGUGAUUCCGUAUUAACGAUGACACCUUAUACUAAAUCGAUUAGAUGUUACAAUCUAGAUUGCGUAGAAAAUUAUUCUUCUGAAGUUGAUACGAAAGUAGAACCACCACAGGAAGACGUUGUAGUACGUUUACCUAUGCCAGCUAAAUCAUUAAUGGUUUUGUAUGGACUUGCGAGAUAUAAUUGGGAGCAUUCAGUGCUUCGAGAAGAUGUAACGACAAGACGCGUCUGUCUUGCUUACAGAGAAUUAACACCGCCGUAUCUUAAAAAUGGUAAACACGAAAAAGAAGCGUCUGAAAUUCUUGAAAAAGCAACCAAUUUUUGGUAACAAUUAAAUAAUACCAUUGAUAGCGUAUUUGCAAGACAAUUUUACUGUCGCAUUAUCACAGUUUCAUUUGAAAUGUCAUGUGAUAUGGAAUAUAGCAGCUAACAAAAGAAGUAUCAAACGUAAAGCAACAAGAUUGAAAUAAAAGUUAUACAAUGGAAUAUUAAUACAGUACGUGUCAAUUUUUAUAUUUUAUUUUAUUCGUCUCUUUGUUUCCUUACGAACUAUAAUAGCAUGAUGGAGAGAUAAAAAUGAAUAAGUUGUAGAAAAAAAUUUAUUCUCGAAUUAAUUACAAUAUAUCUUAUACAUGGAUGACACCAUCAAAAUUUAAGUAUUAUAACUAUGAAAAAUACUUUCUCGUAACAGUUAUUUAAUUGUUUAUUAAAUAAUACUGUUACAUUUGUAGAUUUUUAUUAUAGACAAGAGACAACAAAAAACUUGUAUAAACAUUGCGAAAGUGUGAGCGAAGAUAAAUUC